AUGGCAAAGCUAUGUGAACAGGAUCCAUUGAGCGGGCAAAUAGACCACAGCAUAUUAAGUCGUUCACCAUCGCCAACACUAAUAUAUCCCUUGCCUCCUGCAUGCCCACUUGAAAAUGGAGACUGGUCUCAAAAUAGUCUUGGAACCCUGGAUAGUACACUGCCCCAUAGUCAUUCUCAGUCACCAGAAACAAAUCCUCGACAAAGAGAAAGGAGGUCAUUAAAGGAAAUUUCACAUCUGUGCCGUUCUGUUGAAAGUACUGCAACUGCCCUUUCCACUCCAGGCAGAUCAACAGUUGUAACUGAUAUCGACAAGGCUAUGGCCCAUAUGGAUGAAGUGUAUUUGAAAACAUUGUUUAAUAAUACAGUUAACAAGACGGAAACCUAUUCAGCAACCACUGAUGCUACCUACUCUUCAUUUUUUAAUAAUGAUGCCCUAGAAGAGACAAAUAUUGAUGAUGAGCCAUCAGGUACUAUGAUAAUGGCAGUUUUACAGCAAAAGUGA